AUGGCUACUGAUGUACUAGACGAACAUCGUUUUACAAGUCAACAUUCAUUGUAUGAACCACGUCGUAAUCGAUUUUUAAAAGAAGGAAAACGUCGUCCAACAACAUCAUCAACAGCAGCAUUAUAUGAUACGGCAUCAACAUCAGGAGUUCGAUCUCGUCGUAUUCGAUAUGCUACUCAAACAAGCGCACCUCCAACAAAUAAUUCUAGUCAAAAUCGGCAUUCAGUUUCCAAUGAUUUUCUAUCUUUAUUUCGAUCACUUGCAAUGAAACCAUUCAAAACAUCAUCAAUGACAAAUGCCAUAACUGAAGGACAAGCAAAUAAUAUUAUAGGUGGUAAUCAAAUAAAUACAAAACCACCAGUCAGUCUCCUCAGAUAUCGUCCAUUGAGUGAUACCGUAAUCGAUGAGACAUCUUAUACACAAUCAACUCGUCAAGUUGAAGAAUUUCUUAAGCGUAUGGGAUGGUCAGCAACUUCAGCAACUGAUGAAGCACGUUUAAAAUGGAAAAUAGCUAUGAAAUUUUUAAUUCCAGUUAAAUUUGAUGUUGCACGAGCAAUUUCUUUGUAUGGAGCACAUGAAAAUAAUCGUAAAAUUGAAAAUCUAGAUCGAAUUUGGAUUAGUAAUCCUCAUCUUAUACGUGAAAUACAAUCAAAUAAAUUUUAUACAUUACCAAAAUUACCAAAUCAACCAUUAACAGUUUAUUUUACAGCAUCACAAUUCACAUCAAUAUCAUCAGCAAAUUCACUUUCACAACAAGAACGAGAAUUAGUUGCAUUACAAGCUUUAAUUUGUCAACUUGAUGUUGCUACUGAAACUAUGGAAGUUCAAGAAAGUGGUUUAAAUUUUAUCUAUGAUAUGCAAAAUUGUUCAGCAUCACAAUUUGAUAUUAAUGUCAGUAAAAAAAUUCUUAAACUUCUACAAGGAAGUUAUCCAGCUAUGGUAACGAUGUAUACGCCAGACCAAAUGCGUGACGUUCUUCUAUCUCAAUAUGGCCAUUCGUUAGAUGAUAUUCCAAUAACAUUAGGGGGUUUAUUUGAUCCAUCAGCUAAUGGUGAUAAUCGAUAUCAAAUAUGUUUAUCAUCAGUAACAAAUUCUCAGUCGAUAUGUUUCCCAUAUUAUUCCCUUGAUUAUCAACCAAUAACAACAAAAUCAACAAGUAAUAUAUUAUUUUUUAAUACGGAUCAUCAUCAUCUUCAUCAUCAAAAUCAAAAUCAAGAUACGCUAUUAACAUUACCAACACCAUCAUCAACAAAAACAACAAAAACAACGUCUCCACAACCAGCAUUGGUUGCUAUUGUUGCAUUAAGACGUAAUCAUGAAACAACAUCACAUGUUCGUGUACGAAAACGUGAAUCCUCAUCAUCAAGUGAUAGUGAAAAACGACGACGAGGAUCAAAUGAAAGUCUUAUCGAAGAAAAACCUACUACUCUUAAUUUAUUAAGUUAUAUACCACAUGAAAUACCUUCAGAGUAA